CAGAGAUACCCCGUCAUGGCCCUGGAAGUGAAGGUGCAGAGGGUGACGGGGCUCCCUGGAACUCGUGAAAGACAGGUGCAACUCAGCUUCCGAGGCUUUACCCAGAAAACAAGGAGAAUUCAUUGUGGCCAUGAAGCUGAUGUUGGUGAGUUUUUCCGGUGGCCCCAUUAUGGGUCCCUGCUGGCUCAGGAGUUCCUAUCAGUACAGGUGGUCAACUGCAGCCGGCUGUUCAGCCCUAGGAUCCUGGGAACGCUGGUGAUCUCCCUACAGCACUUACAGAGUGUUGGGCAUCUGGUUUUGAAAGAGGCUCUGGUGGACAGGAACCAGUGCUUGUCCCAGAUCCAGGUAGAGUUAGACCUCAGAUACCAGCCCCCAGAUGGUGCUGCUGGAGCUUGGACGGAGGAGGACUUUGUAUCUCACUUCGGAGACAGCUCAGAACUGGCCAUCCGGAAUGCGGGUUUCCAGGAGCUGGAACCCCAGGAGUCGAGUGGCCUGGAUCGUCGCGCUGUUGCACUGGGCCAGAGGUUGGCUCGAGGUCUGGGCCCACCCCAGGAAGAGGAGGAGGAGGAGGAGUGGGAUCUGGAGGAAGAGCCAGAGGAUGAAAUCUCAGGGGUUGUGUUCAGCCCCAUCAAAAGCCGAGCCAGGGACAUCUCUAGAAGAGAUCCCCACCAGGUGCCCAAAGCCCAGGCUUUCCAGGUCAGUGUCACAGUUCUAGAGGCCCAGAAGCUGGUGGGAGUCAACAUUAACCCCUAUGUGGUCGUGAGGGUAGGGGAGCAGCGGCGGGAGACUGCCAAGCAUCGGGGGACCAACUGCCCUUUCUUCAAUGAGCACUUCUUAUUCGAAUUUCAUGAAACCAGGGAGCGUCUGCACGAAUUGCUGCUGGAAAUCACGGUGUUCCAUUCCCAGACGCUCCCCUUUCUGGCCUCUCGGAUAGGCACCUUCAGAAUGGACCUGGGCAUCGUCUGCGACCAGCCGGACAGCCGCUUCUCUCAGAAAUGGGCCAUGCUCCACGACCCCCAGGACACUCACGCUGGGGCCAAGGGCUUUGUCAAAGUGACCCUAACCGUGAUGGCUCGGGGAGAGUUGAGCCGGCCUGUCCCUCCAUCUCCACCAGGCCACAGUCCAGAUAUUGAGAAGAACCUACUACUCCCCAGAGGAUUUCCUGCUGAUCGGCAGUGGGCACGCCUCAGUGUCCGCCUCUACCGGGCCAAGGGUCUCCCUGCUCUCAGCCCUGGGCUCCUGGGCGGUCUGGUCCGAGUUGUGCGGGACCAGCGAGUCUUGGUGGAUCCUUACAUUAGAGUGUCCUUCUUGGGGCAACAGGGGGAGACUUCGGUGCAGAGUGAGACCACCGAUCCUGAGUGGAAUGAGCAGCUGAAUUUUGUGGAGCUGUUUCCACCUCUCACCUCCCGAAUCCAUCUGCAGCUGAUGGACGAUGCUCAAAUGGGUGAUGUGCCCAUUGCCACCCAUGUCCUGGACCUGAAGCAGAUCUCCCAUCCAGGCCGUGCAGUGGGGUUUAAGCCUACCUUUGGUCCCACCUGGGUUCCUCUCUAUGGUUCUCCCCCUACUGGGGGGCUUCGAGAUAGUCUUCAUGGCCUCAACAGUGGCCAAGGCCGUGGUGUCUGGUUCCGGGGACGUCUGCUGCUAGCUGUGGCACUGGAGAUGUUUGGGGGUGGAACCCGUCCUGAGCCCCGCCAGGUUCGAAAAGCCUCCAGAUUAACCCAGAUCAUCAAGAAGAAGAAGGGCCAGAAAAUUCAGGGCCCAGCCAAGGAACCUGAACAGCUGAAUGUAACCCAAGAUGGGCCAGAGCUGCCCAGCUCCGUGGGAGUAGAGGUGGAAGAACUGUAUCCACUUCCUGAGCAAGCUCUGGCUGCCUGUGAGGAUUUCCUGCUCUUUGCUGUCCUCUUUGAGGCUACAAUGAUUGACCCUUCUGUGGGCUCCCAACCCAUCAGCUUUGAGAUCUCCAUUGGUACAGUAUUUGCCAGCAUGUGCUGCCUGCCCCAUGCUGGCUCCUCUGUCACUGGAGGGUGUGAAUCAGAGACCCUGUGGGAUUGGAGCCACGUUCAUUAUGGACCACUGGGCUUUCUGGAUUGUGGUCACUCUGGGGCAGGAAGUGCUGGCCAUCAGGAGGAAUCACUGAGCCGCAGAUCACAGGACAGAGAAGUUGAAGCUGGAGCCAGGAGGGAUGCUCAAACCAAGGAGACCCAACCUCUUCUAGAACUUGACCCAGAGCCUGAGACCAGACCAGGGCUUGAUGGGCAUGGAGAACCCGGGGAGACAAUGGGAAUACCAGGGCAGCAACCAGAGCCCAUGGAGGGCGAUGGGCCCUACCUUUGCCUACCCCUACGAUAUGAAAAACCAUGUAUUCAUGUCUGGAGUCGCUGGGAAGACCAUACCUGGCGCCUUCAGAAUAGCAAUUGUAUCAAGAAAGUAGCUGAGAGGCUGGAUCAGGGACUACAGGAGACAGAGAGGCUGCUGAGGAGACCGGGACCGGGGGCUUGGGCACGGCUAAGGCAAGCCCUAGAAGAGCUGGUGGCUGGAAGCAGGCAGUACUGUCGGGAUGUGGAGAGAAGGACCAUGACCCGACCCAAUGCCCUGGAUCGGAGCCGCAGGAAGAUGCUGACUCACAGCAUGGCUAUAGUUUCCCGGCAGGGCCUGCGUCUCCUUGGGGGUUUGAGGCCCAGCAACGUGGACCAGAAGGUGAUGGAGGCCAAGAGGAUCCUGGCCAAGCUUUAUUUCCUUUUUCAGGAGCCCCAGCCACCUCUUCCAGAUGUGUUGGUCUGGAUGUUCAGUGGGCGGCGGCGCGUGGCCCUUGCUCGAAUCCCAGCACAAGAUGUGUUAUUUUCUGUGGUGGAGGAAGAACGUGGAAGGGACUGUGGAAGGAUCCAGAGUCUGCUGCUCACUGUUCCUGGAGCUCCUCCUGGUGAGGUCUGUGCCAAGCUGGAGAUGCUUCUAUGGCUGGGUCAUGGGAGACAUGCCAAGGCUUGUACCCAGGAGCUUCCCCCAGAAUUGCUACCCCAACCGUUGGGAGGGCUGCCUCACACUUUACACCGAGAUGACUUCAGCUACUUUCAGCUCCGAGCUCAUCUCUACCAAGCAAGGGGGGUCUUGGCUGCCGAUGACAGUGGCCUCUCUGAUCCCUUUGCUCAUGUCCUUAUCUCCACCCAGUGCCAGUCCACACGGGUCCUGGAGCAGACCCUGAGCCCUCUGUGGGAUGAGCUCCUAGUGUUUGAGCAGCUGAUUAUAGAUGGAAGGAGGGAGCAGCUUCCUGCCGAGCCGCCCCUGAUCACCAUCAAUGUCUUUGACUACAACAAGUUUGGUCCCCCUGUAUUCCUAGGCCGGGCCCUGGCAGCUCCUCAGGUCAAGCUGAUCGAAGAAUCCUACCGAGGCCCCGAGCUGCAGUUCUUCCCCCUGACCAAGGGUCUCCAGGUUGCCGGGGAGCUCAUUGCCACCUUUGAGCUCAUUGAGCUGGAUUACAGUGGCAGGCUCGAGCCCUCAGUGCCAGAAGAUGUAGAGCCUCAAGACCUGGAAAUUCUGCGUGACUCAACAUCUGGACGCCUCCCUCUACCCCCGGGGGUUCGACCACUGCUCAAGGAGUUUCGAAUUGAGGUGCUGUUCUGGGGUCUUCGGGGAUUGGGCCGGGUACACCUGUUUGUGGUGGAGCAGCCACAAGUCGUGAUGGAGAUUGGGGGCCAGCGGGUAGAGUCUGAGAUUCUGACUAGUUACCGAGAGAAUCCCAACUUCACAGAAUUGGUCAAGCAUCUGACUGUGGAUCUCCCUGAGCAGCCAUAUCUGCAGCCCCCACUCAGUAUCCUUGUGAUUGAGCGACGAGCCUUUGGCCGCACAGUUCUUGUGGGCUCCCACAUCGUUCCCCACGUCCUUCAGUUUGCCCUCCAGGAGCCCACAGAACUCUCUGAGGAGGAGAGGGAUAGGGGACACCAAGGAUGGAAAUCCCUAGAUUCCUCUUUGGUACGGCAGCCCCCUGAAGCUGGGACUUCCCAAGAGCUGCUGACUAAGCCCCUUAAGAAGCCGCCUCGAAGCAGCCUCUUGGAGAAAGGGCAUCAGCUACAAGAAGAUGUCCCUGAGCUUGAUGAGCUGGAUUGGUGGUCUAAGUACUAUGCCUCCCUGCAGGAGCUUGGGGACCAGAUGACCAUGGAUGAGGAUGACAAUGAAGAUGCUGAGUUUUCAGAUAUGCUGAAUCCCUUUUCUGGGGACAUGGAGAUUCAAGAUGGGGUCAAGGUUAAAGCUGAGGGUCUAGUAUCCCAGAGGAAACCCAUUGUCACUCUGAAGAUUUACAACUCGCCGCUGGAGGAUGAGUUUGGCCAAUUUGAAGAUUGGCUGCAUGUGUUCCCCCUGUAUCGAGGCCGUGGGGGUCGUGAUGGGGAUGGAGAUGAGGACAGGCCUGGAUAUCCCAUGGGAAAGUUCAAGGGCUCCUUCCUCAUUUACCCUGAGUCAAAGUCACUCUCUGAGCCCCGGAUUUCAUGUGGGAUACCCCAGAAUCGUCCUAUAAAACUGCUUGUUCGUGUAUAUGUUGUAAAGGCCACCAGUCUGGCCCCUGCAGACCCCAAUGGCAAAGCAGACCCAUACGUGGUGGUGAGUGCAGGCCGAGACCGCAAAGACACCAAGGAGCGCUAUAUCCCCAAGCAGCUGAACCCCAUCUUUGGAGAAGUUCUGGAACUAAACGUCUCCCUUCCUGCUGAGACCGAGCUCCUGGUGGCCGUGUUUGACCAUGACCUUGUGGGCUCCGACGACCUCAUUGGAGAGACCCGGAUUGACCUGGAGAAUCGGUUUUAUAGCCACCACCGAGCUAAUUGUGGGCUUGCUUCCCACUAUGACACGGAAGGCUACAAUGCAUGGCGGGAUGCCGUCAAACCCUCUCAGGUGCUGGCCAGCCUGUGUCAGCGCAGUGGUCUCCCUGCCCCGGAGUACCGUGCCGGGGAGGUCAAAGUGGGCAGCAAACUCUUCCAGGUGCCUCCAGGGGCCCCCUCUGCAGGCGGGAGAGGCCAGGAGGGGAGCCCCAAAGCCUCAGAGGAGGAGCAAGCCCUGUCUGUGCUGCUGCGGUGGAGGGAGAUGCCCCAGCAUGGCUGCUCACUGGUACCUGAGCAUGUGGAGACCCGGCCCCUGUACCACCCAAGCAGCCCGGGUUUGCUGCAGGGUUUCUUACACAUGUGGGUGGACAUUUUCCCCAAUGAUGUGCCAGCCCCACCCCCUGUGGACAUCAAGCCCCGACAACCAAUCAGCUAUGAGCUCCGAGUUAUCAUCUGGAAUACUGAGGACGUGGUCCUGGAUGAUGUGAAUCCCCUCACUGGGGAGAUGUCCAGUGACAUCUAUGUGAAGAGCUGGGUGAAGGGUUUGGAAUUCGACAAGCAGGAGACAGAUGUCCACUUCAACUCACUGACUGGGGAGGGGAACUUUAACUGGCGCUUUGUGUUCCGCUUCGACUACCUGCCCACGGAGCAGGAGGUGAGCGUCAAAAGAAGGCCCAGUCCCUUUGCUCUGGAGGAUGCUGAGUUCCGACAGCCCGCAGUGCUGGUGCUGCAGGUCUGGGAUUAUGAUCGAAUCUCUGCCAAUGACUUUCUGGGGUCCCUGGAGUUACAACUGCCAAAUAUGGUUCGGGGCUCACGAGAGUCCAACCUAUGCACCGUUCGCCUGGCCCAGGAUAGGGCCAGUCCUCGCUGCAGUCUCUUCCGCUCACGUCGUGUGCGUGGAUGGUGGCCAUUUGUGAAGCUACGUGAGCCCGAGGACUUAGAACGUGAGAAACAGGAGGCUGAGGGCCGUGGGAAAAAGAAGAAAAAGAGGAGGAAGGCCAAGCCCGAAGAUAUCGAAUUCACUGACUCCAGUGGAAAUGUCUACAUCCUGACAGGGAAGGUAGAAGCUGAGUUUGAAUUGCUGACUGUGGAGGAGGCUGAGAAACAUCCUGUAGGGAAAGGGAGGAAGGAACCUGAGGCCCUGGAAAAGCCCAACCGCCCCAAGACCUCCUUCAAUUGGUUUGUGAAUCCACUGAAAACCUUUGCCUUCUUCAUAUGGCGCAGAUACUGGCAUAUCCUGGUGCUGCUACUGGUCCUGGCCCUUCUCACCAUCUUCCUCCUCCUCGUCUUCUAUACCAUUCCUGGUCAGAUCAGCAAGGUCAUCUUCCGCCCCCUCCACUAAUCCCCACUCACACUGGCCAAAGUUUAUUUUUUAGACCUGAGCAAGCAAUUAUGCCAGUUGGGUCUACUGGGACAAAAUUCAACACUGCUAGAGAUUAAAACUUAUCAGCUAAAUCUCAUGUUUGGAAAGUGCUUGGAGUAGUUUUUGUGCUGCGGACUUGCUAGAAAAUAAGUAUUUUUUCAAGUACCCUUAAUUAUAUUUAGUCACCAAACAAGCCAUUUGUGGGGUUAGCUU